AUCAGCGUGCGUUGCGUUCCUUCGAUCAGAAGUUUCGUUUGCGUUGUCGACAUUGCAGAUACGACAAGAUGAACAACGUUGAUCCGGAGUUGUUCAUCGCGGAGAUUAAGAAGAGACCAGCACUUUGGGACCAGACUUUUGACUCUUACAAAGACAAAAGUGUCCGACAGAAUCAGUGGUAUGAAAUGUGCUCCCUUUUCUGUAUGGAUUUUGAGGAAAGGACGCCAGCCGAACAGGACGUUGUGUACAAAGAAGUCAUGGCAAAAUGGCGGAGUAUACGAGACGCCUACGUACGAUUCAUGCGGUUAAAGGAUAAAAAGACAAGUAAGAAAAGGGCUGUGAAGCCUUACAUUUACGCGAAACAACUCGAGUUUUUAUCGAACCCGAAUCAUUCACAACGGCCCCCGUCUCCAUCUGCAGACGACAGUGAUUUCGAUGCGGCAGACUUUGUCCAGGAAAUUUUUGAUGAACACAUCAAUGCGAAACCACAAAUAGAAGAUCCUUUACAGUGUUCUUCGAGUACGGUCGACAGGAAAAGAAAAGCUGAGGAUGAAAACGUCGAGGAAAACUCUGUGAACGAAGUCAGGCCCAGGAUAAUGACCAUCCAAGACUGUGACUCUGACGACAUGGACUUCUUCAAAUCUCUAUUGCCUAUGUUAAGGGCGAUGCCGUUUCAAGACAAAUUAAAGUUUCGAAGGGAUGUUUUAAAUGCCCUAAUUGAAUUUACUUAACCCAAAUAUGUUCCUGGUUUACUUGACAGGGUUUAGCCACAACCUUAAUCAAAUCCACCCCUUUGUAUAUAUAUAGCCAGUGUCCACAAUCAGAAAUUAUUGGUAAAUGUUCAGAGGUUAAUUAAAUUUUCUUAUUA